UCUCGAAGUUUUUACGCUUAUUAAGACUAAGGUCAAUCUAUCUACGCUCUUUUGGAAUUUAACAGUAUUUUCCCACUAUGUCGCUGCCCCAAUCACCUGAUUGAGCGAAACCGCUAUUUAUCUCACACCUGCAGCCUCGUAUUUGACCAUCGCCGUUCGCCUAAACUCACACAAACUGCUUACCUACUAUAACACAAAGAAUCCCAAGAUGAAUCCCGCUGCCAGCAAGUUUAUGGAGGGUCACUCACCGCGUCGUACUUUCCCCAAAUACUUUACAGAGCUGGCUACAAAUUACACUCUUUCGACAGGAAACAGUACUGCCAAGGUUAUUGCCAAGUACCUCGCGCAGAACCCUAGCCUUCUUGAUACAAGUAGCAUCAUUAACGACGAUGCCUGUGGGCCAGCCAUAGCAGCAGCGGCUGUCAUCGCGCACCUAGGUCAUGAGCCCAACCGCAUCGAUGCCAACGACAACGUGCCGGCCAUGGUUGAGGCUGCAGAGGCUCGCAUCAAGGGCCAAGGUUGGCAGCACGUCCAUGCGGCCGUCAUCGAUAGCCACAAGCUUCCGUAUACGGACAAAACCUUCACGGUCAGCAUCUCCAAUAUCAGCGCCUUCACAUUCACAGACGCCCUAGUCUGCUUCAAGGAGAUGCAUCGCACUCUCCAGCCUAACGGUACACUUGUUGUGACUGUCUGGAAGCGCUUCGGCGCGGCAGAAAUCAUCCAUGCCGCCCAGAAGAAGGUGCGCGCCGAUUCCGAACCGAUGAAGGUCCCUCGGACAGAAUUCAUGCAUGAUGGCUUUGUUGCUGAAAUGGUACGCGCUACGGGUUUUAUAGAUGUCAAGCAGGAAGUUGUCAGUGUAAUAUGCGAAGGCGACGAGAUCGAUGGUCUACGCGGGUUUAUGCUCAGUGACUUCACACGCAGCGCCAAAGAGGGGUGGAAUGAUCAGGAGAUUGCCAGCUGGCCAGCCGCUGUUAAUGAGGCUGUCAAGGAAGAGGUUUCUAGAGAGGGUGGCGUCAAGUUCGAGGCCUGGGCUGUCACAGGGAAGAGACAAAGCGACCUGUAGUGUUCACACCGUCGAGUACUGGUAUAAUUAUAAGCGAACAGCAAUGCGGGAAAAUAUUUCAAGUUAAACUUCUGUUCAGGGCUAGCAAAUACCACAAUCGCUGGGAGAGCAAUAAAACACGACAGAGUGGGAAAAAUCCUUCGUCUAUUCGUACUCUAAAAAGGAGCCUAUUUAGGACGUACAGCCUGUGUAAAAUCGAGAGUUCGUUGACGAUGGGAAGCCGGUUUAGGACAAAGCGGAGCCGGUUUAGGACGAAGAGUCGGUUAAAGAUAAGAGUGAGCCCAUUUAAGAGAAAGAUACUCUAUUCGGAAUGUCAAAUCUGAUUAAAAGGAGGAGUCAAUUUUACCGAAGUGCGAGGCCUCUUCUUAACUAUACAGCGAUGACAGUGCCCGAGGAAUGGCUAGUAUGUUUUUAAUCA